AAUGGUCAAAUUGUAGCCCACAAUAUCUAGUUGAGCUGUAUAUUUGAGACUGGGGAUUUAGGGCCUAAUCUGUGAUGCAGAGAGCUGGAUUUGAACAAAGCUAGUGUACAAAAUGGCGUACAGUCAAUACGUGAACGUGGAUGACUUGCCGCGGCCUGAAGCCACCUCUUUGCCGACGGAUCUGCCUCCUAAUUCGGACCUCAACAAAAUGAAGAAAUAUGUGCGGAAUGGAAAGUGGACUCUUGCACAGGGCACGAGACGUCACUUGUGGAAGCACAUUCUGAACAUUUCGUACGCCAAAGUCUCGGACUGUCCGGCGAUCGAAACUUUCAGAGCUCAGAAGGCGGCAUUUUUUGAGGAACAAGGUCAGGAGCGCAAUCUAAGGGUUCCCAAAAUGGUACAGGGAGACUUCCCGCUGUCCAUAUAUCACCUGAACAAGGAGGGAGUGACGUCACUUCAGGUGGUGCUGACAGUGAUCUCCUUCACCUACCCCCAAAUAUCCUACUGUCCUCUCCUGGCCCCCAUCGCCAGUCUGUGUCUGCACUGGAUGACGGAGGAGGAGACAUAUGCUGCCUUGUGUGACCUCAUUCUGAAGGAGUUCAAUGAGGCCUACAUGAUGUAUUUGCCAACUAACACAGUCUCCUAUACCGCACUCUGCAACUCUCUCCUACCUCUCGCCAUUGCAUCAGAUAUGCAUCAACCUGAUGAAUGUGAGUCACUAUGGGGACUACUGCCUCAUGGGAAAAGUUUCAAUAAUAUGCGGAACCUAGUGAACCCGCGUGAACAGCUAUCGCAGUGGAUCUGGUGGAUUUUCAGAGAUCUUCCUCUAUCUUACUUAGUUAGAAUAAUGGACUGUUACUUAGUAGAGGGACUGAAAGUGUUCUACCGAGUGGCUCUUACCAUUUUGCAGUUACACAAGAAGCAAUCAAAUAACAAUGCUCUAGAAGAGGAUGCAAUUCGCAAUUUUAUCAAGAAUCUUUCCAGCAGUACAACAGAAGAAAAGUUCAUUAAGAGUGUUUAUAAGCUGAAAGCGCCAACGAGAGAUGAAAUCACAAAAGCAGUAGAACAUGCGAAGGAGUUAGCACGCACAUCUAGCAAUGGUUCACAUGAAAAUGGAGGUCACCACCAAAGUGUGGAUACAGGAGUAUCCAUGGGUCCUGGAAAUUCCAUUGUAUUGGAGACCAUAAAGUCAAACAUCAUCGACCAAGAGCAAUUGCACAAAUUGUGGCUGUGGUUGCCACCCAAAUCGAGUGUGUUCCAGCCCACUUUGCUGUACCAGACGCACCUGGACGGAUUUAACCUGAGCCAGCUAUACCGCAAAAUAGAGUCACACCAGCCGGUCAUCCUCAUCAUCAACACACUUAACAAAGAGGUAUUUGGAGCAUACAUUUCUGUGAUGCUAAAGGAGAGGCAUAAGUACGACAAGGGCAUGGGAUUCUUCGGAGACGGACAGACUUUCUUGUUCAGUCUCAGUCCCCGCACUGCCAAGUACUCGUGGACCAACCGGCCUCAGGACCAUGGAUCAAGUCUGUUCGUGUCAGCACAGAACGAACGACUGGUCGUAGGCGGAGGGAACCACGAGGGAGUUGCGAUCGAUUGGGCCAUGGACAAAGGAGUCUCGAGGACUUGUACGACAUUUAACAAUCCUCCUCUCUGCUCGACGCCAGACUUCUCUAUAUGUAACGUUGAGGUGAUUGGACUGCGCGACGACUAACUUUGAAAAGCUGUAGACUUCUCCUGACCAGAUGCCAUUUAAAAAGAACAGAGUUACUCAGGCUGAUGCUUGAUAAUCAAAAACCUUCCUGGUAGGAGACUGAAGUGCCUGGAAUUUCUAAAACGUUUUAAAAAACUCAAAAAGUAUAUUAAACUUGAAGAAUGUGAAUUUUGAUUUAUACUCGAAUAUAGCUGCACCAAAUAAUUAACUCAAUCUACUGUAAAGAGUGGUGUUUAUCUAGAUGAGAGUUGAAUACGUUAUUCCAAUUUUAUUGAUGCGAAUUUCUUAAUUUAUUUGAUGGAAAUUGGGUGCUUCUCUCCUGUUGAAUUUUUUUUGUUCGUCACAAUGUGCAUGGUCCUUCUACAAUUAAACUGCCAAAUCAAUAUGAUACAGUUCUAUCUUUUACCUACGGUCAUGAAUUCCUAAAUGCGUUUCAGGUCUACCUUAAAUAUUUUGAAUGGUUUAUUUAUUCCUCUAGCGAGUUCUACGUCUUCAAUGCAGUAUUUUUUUUGUAAAUAAAAAGCAAAUUUCGAAAGUGUAGUUGAUUCAUUUAUGAACUGAUUAUUUAUUUGUGUAUCGAUAGUUUGAUGAUUCUUACUAGUGCAAUAAAUCAGUAGAUUGAAAGAAAUAUAUUCUUAUUAAGAGAAA